AGUUUUGAAACAGGAAUUGCCGGACAUGGAUUAUCAAGUGAAAUUUAUUAAAACUUUGUUUUCUUUACUGAUUUUUACUAAUUUAAAAAUCAUCACUACAGUUGAAUCCCAUCAACAAAGUAAGAGAUCAACGUUUUGUCCUACUUCGUCACAAUGCGUGCCUCUAUCCUCUUGUCCAAUUCUAAGCAAUCUUAUAAAUACGGAUUGUUUAUUAAACAAUAAUAUAGAACAAAUAAGUUGUGGCUAUCAAGGAUCUGGGUUAGUUUGUUGUCCUCAUGUAGGAGACUCUCUAACUCUGGCACCUGGAAGGCUAGUAGAUGGUCAGAGAUGUGGAAUAUCACAAGUUCAAGGAGAAGGCUACGAAGGUAUUGGAGCUUUUCCGUGGGUUGCGAGGAUAGGAUUUAGAAAUGUACUCACUGGAGAAAUAAAAUAUCCAUGCACCGGAUCUAUUCUUAAUGCGAGGAUAAUACUUACAGCUGCUCACUGCGCUCUAGCAAAAGCGGAUAAUUUUAAACUAUAUUCAGUCCGUGUUGGAGAAUAUAAUUCUAAUACUGAUAUUGACUGUGGUACUGAAUUUUGUGGACUUCCUGCUCAAGACAUUUCUUUGAGUCACGUUGUGGUACAUCCCAAUUAUCAAAAACAAAACUUUCAAAAUAAUAUCGCUUUACUUGUAUUAAGAACGCCAGUCAACUUUUCGGUUACUGCACAGCCAAUAUGUUUGCCAGAACCUUGGUCCGUCACGAGUAAUAACGCACUUUUGGUUGGAUGGGGUAAGGCUGCAGGUCAAUCAUCUCUUGUGGUAGAAAAAUUUGCAGUAUUUAUACCAGCUGGUUGGGAUAAUAUGAAGAAAAUCAAUAUUCUGUAUGAAAAUAAUAAGCAUUCUUGCAAGCCAGAUGACUACUAUAGAGAUGUAAUUGUACAACCAGUAACUAGGAAAACUAUCAACAGAGAAACUGAGGUGAUAGCAGAGGAUGAACAAGCAUUCUUAACAAGACAACAACAGAUUUCAUUUGGAGGAGGACCACCAACUGUAAGACUAGGAGAAUCCCCAUUGAGACCACCUCUUGAAGGUAUACAAGUUUCUCCUAGAAAGCUUAAUGGUUUAAAGGUUUUUAGUUCACCAGAAGGAGAAGGUGUUUUGGCUAAUUUCUUCAAUUCACUUUUCUACAAAAAAACUGGCUCCCCUGAAGGGGGUAUGGCCAAAACUUCUGGAUCAGAGAGUUUGCCUGAUAAAGCUACCGUUAGAACUGAUGCAGCUGCUGAAUUAGAUAGACUUUAUAGAGGUGCUGGAAAGAAGUCUCUAGGACCUGCGUCAACCCCUGAAAGCAUUGGGCCUAAUGCCUUGCCAAAGCAGCAAGUUCUGCAGUUACCAAUAAUUAGUCUUCAACAAUGCGUUCAAUUGUAUGGUAGAACGCUGUCAGUAACAGACGACCAGUUGUGUGCUGGAGGAGAAGCUGGAAAUGAUGCAUGUAGCGGAUUUGGAGGUGCUCCUUUGAUAGUUCGACAUGGUAACACACAUUAUCAGGUGGGCAUCUUAUCGUUUGGAUCCGACCAAUGUGGCAGAGGAGGUGUUCCCAGUGUGUAUACCAAUAUAAAGAAGUAUAUUACGUGGAUCAGGGAAAACACACCACAAGUUUUUGAAUAACAACAAUUUAUUCAUUAAGUAUUUUAGUGUAAUUUUUAUUAAAAUAAAUUAUUGUACAGAAUAAAAAAUAUAAAAUAUUUUUAAUAAAAUCUUUU